AUGUCUGCCGUCGCCAAAAAGCCACCUGGUGGCGUUGGCCGAAUCUCCCAUACCGAGACCACAACGUCACCCAGCCCUUCGCCAUCACGAACCACCUCUCAACGCAAUUCGACGUCGACUCCCACCGGUCAUGCCCGCACACGCUCAACCCGCAUGGGAACUCCGGUGUCCGCCCGCGCAGCUGCCGCAGCCCGCAAGAACAGCACAGCCGCAGAGUCAGACGCCCACGCCGAGGCUACCGCUGCCGCCGAGGAUCUCCAGCAGCGCCUGGAGAAGGAGGAGAAGCAAUCAGAGCUGUUCAGCAAGCAGAUCGACGUCCUCCAGACCAAACUUGACGAUGCGGUCAAGGAGUCUGCAACGCUCGAGGAAAAGGUCCACGAGUACGAAGAGCAGCUCGAAGCCUUCACCAACGAAAAACGAGAGGCCACCCGCCAGAUCCGUGAAAUGGAAACCAUCUACGAGGCGGAACGCAGUUCCAUGCUCAAGGAAAAGGAGGACAUGGCCAACAAGGAAGAGCAGAUGCAAACCAUUAUCCAGAGGCUCAAAGACAGCCUUGCCCAACGUAAUCAUGGCGAUGAUGACUCGCGCCCCUCCCGGACAGGCAAGUACCACCUCUCUCACCUGGUGCUUGAUGACACAGUCACUAACCUGGAAAUAGCCAACGCGUCGCCCUCGAUCGACGGCAGCAGCUUCGCCCCACCAUCCUCGCUCCAGAGAAGUGACUCCCGCAACAGCUCAAAGCUUAUCCUACAAAAGGACAAACUCAUUGAAUCACUACGACUAGACCUCGGCGAGGCUCAGAAAAAGCUGGAAGAAUCUGAGAAUCAAGGCGGUGGCCACCUCCGGGAGGUCGAGCGCCUGCUGAUGGAAGCUCGCCUGGCCAACGCUAGACUGAUGGAGGACAACGAAAGCUACCAGCUGCUUCUCAAGGACAAGACGCUUAAGGGCGACUUUGGCCAGAGUGACUUUAGUUAUAUGAGCUCCAACCAAGAUGCCUUGGCCGCUCUUGAAGGCAAAGUCCCUGCUGCCUCAUCGCUGGCCGACGAGCUCUCUGAUGCCACCGCGGCUGAAGGUGAAGGCGAUCGUCGCCUCGAGGGAGAGCUCAAGUCUAUGAAGGAGCAGAACAAGGCUCUGACUCUAUAUAUUAACAAGAUCAUCGAGCGCCUCCUGCAGCAUCAGGACUUCGAGUCUAUCUUGGACCAGUCCAGCGACGGAAAGGGCAAUGUCAACAAGGAGUUGCCUCCCCCUCCGAACGGCGCAUCCCUUCUCCAGCGUGCUAAAUCCAUGGCCAUGGGCCCCAGCCUGAACAACAAAUCAAAACCUCGCCCGAUUUCUGUGAUGCAGGCCAGCACACCCAACUCUGCGCAUACGGAUCCGGAGCGGGCGCCCAGUAUUCCUAUCGGCAAUCUCGGUCGCUCCACUAGUGUUCGACGAUCCCGCCCUCAGAGUGAACAGUUCCCUGGAGCUGCCAGUCUGGUAAGCCAGAUGUACAAGGGUCCUGAUGGUCCCCUCUCGCCUCCUCUUGGCAACCCUCGAAACUCGCAAGGCUUCCAGUCUGGUGCCAGCGCCACUGGCAACGGCACGUCGCGCAUCCCCAGCACCAGCAGUCAAGCGCCAUCGUCGGCGGGCAAUUUCCCCGGCAUGCGCAGCGAGACGUCAAGCAUUAGUGGCGAGUCCGCCGAUAUCACCACACCGCCAUCGCAGUCACCUCCCCGCUCUGUUCACGAAAAGAAGACGACCUUUGUCGGAGGCACGCCGCGCCCUCUGCGCCUCGUGCAGGAGAAUGCCGACGCUGUCAGGGACAAGGAGAACAAACGCGCGAGCUGGUAUACUGGCUGGACAGGCUGGGCCAAGAAAGACGAUACGACCACGUUGCAGCAAGCGGCAAACGAGCCCAUUCCAGAGUAA